AUAAAUGAAAUAAUAACAAAUAUAAAUUAAAUUAGAAGAAGAUGUUUGUAAAACGUCUCAUUAUGUUAUUGCAGAGAAGAGAUCAUCGGCAAAGCUCCGAUCGGAACAAAUCACUAAGCAGAAAAGGUUUGAGUAUUCAUUCAAGUUUUGAUUGCAAAAAAUAGAAAAGAAGAAGAUGGGUUUUGAUGAGGCCUUGAACUGGUACUGCAAGCCAAUCGCAAAAGGAUUUUGGGAGAAAGCACCGGAUGGUGCGUUUGGUGCCUACACGCCGUGUGCUAUUGACUCGUUAGUGAUGAUUGCUUCUCACCUAGUGCUACUGAGUCUUUGUUUCUACCGGAUAUGGAUCACCUUGGACAAUGCCAAAGCAGCUCAGGUUUAUGUUUUGAGGAACAUGUACUACCAUUGUGUGCUGGGAAUUUUGGCUUGUUACUGUUUCAUUGAGCCUGUUCUGAGAUUGGUCAUGGGGAUUUCUCUUUAUGACGUGGGUGGAGAGACUGAUCUUCCUCCCUUUGAGUUUGCAUCCUUAAUGGUUGAGGCAUUCGCUUGGUUCUCCAUGCUUGUUUUGAUUGGACUCGAAACCAAACAAUACGUCAAAGAGUUUCGAUGGUAUGUUAGAUUUGGUGUUGUUUAUGUUUUGGUUGCUGAUACUGUCCUGCUGGACCUUGUGUUGCCUCUCAAGAACUCAAUUGAUAGAACUGCUCUAUAUCUCUUUAUCAGUUCAACAUGUUGCCAGGCUCUCUUUGGAGCUCUUCUCCUUGUUUACAUUCCUGAACUGGAUCCUUAUCCAAGUUACCAUAUUCUAAACAAUGAACCGUUAGAGAAUGUUGAAUAUGAUGCACUUCCUGGGGGAGAGCACAUAUGUCCAGAGCGAUAUGCCAGCAUAUUAUCCGGAAUAUACUUUAGCUGGAUGACGCCGCUUCUGCAGUUAGGCUACAGAAAGCCUAUAACCGAGAAGGAUGUUUGGCAAUUAGACAAAUGGGACCAAACGGAAACUCUGAUAAAAAGAUUCCAAAGGUGCUGGACUGAAGAAUCACGGAGACCUAAGCCACGGCUACUCCGAGCACUAAAUAGUAGCCUUGGUCGAAGAUUCUGGUUGGGUGGUAUUUUCAAGGUUGGGCAUGAUCUUUCUCAAUUUGUUGGACCGGUUAUACUGAGCCAUCUACUGCAGUCAAUGCUAGAAGGUGAUCCAGCUUGGGUUGGCUAUGUCUAUGCUUUCUCAAUUUUCGUUGGUGUGACACUUGGAGUGCUCUGUCAAUCUCAGUACUUUCAACAUGUUGGGCGAGUAGGAUUUCGGUUAAGGUCAACUUUGGUUGCAGCUAUAUUCCACAAAUCAAUAAGACUAACUCAUGAAGCUCGCAAGAAUUUUGCAUCUGGGAAGAUCACAAACAUGAUCACGACUGAUGCUAAUGCACUGCAGCUAUUAGCAGAACAGCUCCAUGGUUUAUGGUCAGCUCCCUUUCGCAUCAUCGUGUCUAUGAUUCUUCUCUAUCAACAACUAGGAGUUGCUUCAAUUUUGGGCUCAUUGAUUCUGUUUCUUCUUAUUCCUCUCCAGACUCUGAUUGUAAGAAGAAUGCGGGAACUGACUAAAGAAGGACUCCAGUGGACUGACAAAAGAGUCAGUAUCAUAAAUGAGAUUUUGGCAUCCAUGGAUAUUGUAAAAUGUUAUGCAUGGGAGAAGAGCUUCGAGCCUCGAAUUCAAGGAAUUAGAAAUGAAGAGCUCUCAUGGUUUCGUAAAGCACAGUUACUAUCAGCAUUCAAUAGUUUUAUACUAAACAGCAUACCAGUAGUUGUGACCGUGGUUUCAUUUGGGGUUUUCGUUCUGCUUGGAGGAGAUUUGACACCAGCAAGGGCAUUUACAUCUCUUUCUCUAUUCGCAGUGCUAAGAUCUCCUCUCAACAUGCUACCAAAUCUUAUAAGUCAGGCUGUUAACGCAAAUGUUUCACUGCAACGCAUUGAGGAACUACUUUUAAGUGAAGAGAGAAUUCUAGCACAAAACCCACCUCUUCAACCAGGAGCUCCAGUCAUUACAAUUAGAAAUGGAUAUUUUUCAUGGGAUUCAAAGACAACCAAGCCCACAUUAUCCAAUAUCAAUUUGGAAAUACCAGUGGGCAGCUUGAUUGCCAUUGUAGGUGGAACUGGAGAAGGUAAGACAUCACUUAUUUCGGCAAUGCUGGGGGAGUUAUCUCAUGCUGAAACCUCAAGUGUUGUUAUUAGAGGCUCCGUAGCUUAUGUUCCUCAAGUUUCCUGGAUCUUCAAUGCCACUGUGCGUGAAAACAUUUUAUUUGGGUCAGAUUUUGAGUCUGAGAGAUAUAGGAGGGCUAUUGAUGUGACUGCCUUACAACACGAUCUUGAUUUGCUUCCAGGCGGUGAUCUUACUGAGAUUGGAGAACGUGGGGUGAAUAUUAGUGGAGGACAAAAGCAGAGAGUUUCAAUGGCUAGGGCAGUCUACUCAAAUUCAGAUGUUUACAUAUUCGAUGAUCCCUUGAGUGCUUUAGAUGCUCAUGUUGCUCACCAGGUCUUUGAUCGCUGCAUGAAGGAUGAGCUGAAGGGGAAGACGAGGGUUCUUGUCACAAAUGAACUACAUUUUCUUCCUUUGAUGGAUAGAAUAAUUUUAGUCUCCGAAGGAAUGAUUAAGGAGGAGGGAACCUUUGCAGAGCUGUUAAAUAAUGGGAGUUUGUUCCGGACACUAAUGGAAAAUGCUGGGAAAAUGGAUGCAACGCAAACGGGGACGAAAAAAGACGACAAAGGCUUGAAGCCGGAUCCUACUAUCACAAUUGAUGUGAAUGAAGGAAAUGUAGACCGGACCAAGCUAGGAAAACAGGGAAGAUCCAUUCUUGUAAAGCGAGAAGAGCGGGAAACUGGCAUCAUUAGUUGGGAUGUUCUGAUGAGGUAUAAAAAGGCAGUAGGCGGCGUAUGGGUAGUUAUGAUUCUUUUUGCAUGCUAUUUAACAACUGAAGUUCUCCGAGUUUUAAGUAGCACGUGGUUAAGUAUUUGGACUGAUCAAAUCACGUCAAAGAGUCAUAGUCCCGGUUUCUACAUUGUCGUAUAUGCUCUUCUCGGAUUUGGUCAGGUGGCUGUCACUUUUACCAAUUCUUUUUGGCUGAUGACAUCAAGUUUACAUGCCGCCAAAAGACUCCAUGACGCGAUGCUGAAUUCUAUCCUAAGAGCUCCUAUGCUCUUCUUCGAAACAAACCCAACUGGACGUGUAAUAAACAGAUUUUCUAAGGAUAUUGGUGAUAUAGAUAGAAACGUGGCCAACCUGAUGAAUAUGUUCAUGAACCAGCUGUGGCAACUCCUCUCGACAUUUGCACUCAUAGGUACCGUCAGUACAAUUUCAUUGUGGGCAAUAAUGCCACUCCUAAUACUGUUUUAUGCAACAUAUAUCUACUAUCAGAGCACAUCCCGCGAAGUUAGACGUUUGGAUUCUGUUACUAGAUCACCUAUUUAUGCACAAUUUGGAGAAGCUUUGAAUGGUUUGCCAAGCAUCCGAGCCUACAAAGCCUAUGAGCGGAUGGCCAAGAUUAAUGGAAAAUCCAUGGACAACAACAUAAGGUUCACUCUUGCAAAUACUAGCUCAAACCGUUGGCUCACUAUAAGAUCAGAGACUCUUGGGGGUGUCAUGAUUUGGUUAACUGCAACUUUUGCGGUUUUGCGAUAUGGGAAUGUAGAGAACCAAGCUGUUUUUGCAUCUACGAUGGGGCUCCUUCUUAGUUACACUCUGAAUAUCACUACUCUGUUAAGUGGUGUUCUAAGGCAAGCUAGCAAGGCAGAGAACAGCUUAAAUUCUGUUGAGCGUGUUGGCAACUACAUUGAUCUUCCUUCUGAGGCUUCAGAUAUAAUCGAGAAUAAUCGUCCAAUAUCUGGAUGGCCUUCAAGAGGAUCAAUUAAAUUUGAAGACGUUCACCUUCGUUAUAGACCCGGGCUUCCUCCAGUAUUGCAUGGACUGACCUUUUCUGUUUCUCCCACUGAGAAAGUAGGAGUGGUGGGAAGAACUGGGGCAGGGAAGUCUUCCAUGCUGAAUGCAUUAUAUCGGAUUGUGGAAUUGGAAAAGGGAAGAAUCAUAAUUGAUGAUUAUGAUGUGGCAAAGUUUGGACUGACAGAUUUGCGCAGGGCCCUAAGUAUCAUACCCCAGUCACCAGUUCUUUUCUCAGGGACGGUGAGAUUCAAUAUCGAUCCAUUUAGUGAGCAUAAUGAUGCUGAACUCUGGGAGGCUCUACAAAGGGCCCAUAUAAAAGAUGUCAUCAACAGGAAUCCUUUUGGUCUAGAUGCAGAGGUCUCUGAGGGAGGUGAGAACUUCAGCGUGGGGCAAAGGCAACUGCUAAGUCUAGCGCGUGCAUUGUUAAGAAGAUCUAAGAUCCUUGUUCUCGAUGAAGCAACUGCAUCUGUUGAUGUCAGAACAGAUUCUCUGAUACAGAGGACCAUCCGUGAAGAAUUUAAGUCUUGCACAAUGCUUGUUAUCGCUCACAGAUUGAAUACCAUCAUCGACUGCGACAAGAUCCUUGUGCUUAGUUCUGGUCAGGUUUUGGAGUAUGAUAGUCCCCAAGAAUUGCUAUCAAGAGAUACAAGUGCCUUCUUUAAGAUGGUUCAUAGCACUGGACCAGAAAAUGCUCAGUACCUUGCCAACAUGGUCUUUGAAAGGAGAGGGAAUGGAAUGAGUCAUGGUAGAUAAAAAUGGUCACCCGCCCUUCCAAGAAUGAGUUUAUAAGUUUGCAUUAUGAUUGGAGUUUCAUCACUACCAUUUACCAGAGUCCCAACGUUACAAGGGGAUAUAGCCUUAUGCUGAACAAUUGAAGGUGAACCGAGAAAUCGGCAGUCACUCAUGAACAAUAAGCGUUAUAGCACUCUUGUGUACAUAUGAUCAGAAUCUCCUUGGCAGUUGAAAUGGCUAAAAUUUUAUUGAUAUUUCAAAUGUUAUUUUGUUCUUAUGUGAUUUUUUUUUUCUGGUU